AGUAAGGAUGUGGGCAGGAGCCAGUGAUGAGGGAAUGGCAAUCGUAUUUGACCUCUGAUCUGUUUCCUCCUUCUCCCUGACGUCCCAAUAUAAAUGUUACACGGGCAUCCCAUACUCGGCUACUCACCCACGGGCACUGAUUCGGGGGUAACCGUGUCACCUGCUUGCAACACUGGCAUCUCCCCCCUGCACCCUCGGAGUGAGCAGGGAGUGACGCUGGGGGCUGGGCGCUAGCUCCGAAUCUUCUCGCUGGGAGAGAAUCCACCAUCUAGGGGCGGCCUGGAGGAGCAGCCUUAGGAGUCUUCCUGCUGAUGCAAUCUGCUAGAGCGCGAGUCUCCGCCGCGAGAGGGCGGGCCUGCAGUCCCGCCCGCCACGUGUACUCGCCGCCGCCCGGGGCACUGCCCCAGGUCUUGCGGCAGCCGGACUGCGCUCUGCAGCCGCAGACCCGGUCCACGCGGUCGGGGGCUGCGACCCUUGGGAUCUGCCCUCCGCUCCGCUCGAGCUUCCCUCGGGGCCGACAGAACAAUGCAGGACUGCGGUAACGGAUGCUCCGCGGAAUGUACCGCAGAAGGAGGAUCAAAAGAGGUGCUGCGGGCUUUUAAGGCUAAAGACCUUGUAGUCACACCAGCUACCAUUUUAAAGGAAAAGCCAGACCCCAAUAAUCUGGUUUUUGGAACUGUGUUCACGGAUCACAUGCUGGCGGUGGAGUGGUCCUCAGAGUUUGGAUGGGAGAAACCUCAUAUCAAGCCUCUUCAGAACCUGUCAUUGCAUCCUGGCUCAUCAGCUCUGCACUAUGCAGUGGAAUUAUUUGAAGGAUUGAAGGCAUUUCGAGGAGUAGAUAAUAAAAUUCGACUGUUUCGGCCAAACCUCAACAUGGAUAGAAUGUGUCGAUCUGCUGUGAGGGCAACCCUGCCGGAAUUUGACAAAGAAGAACUCUUAGAGUGUAUUCAACAGCUUGUGAAACUGGAUCAAGAAUGGGUCCCUUAUUCAACAUCUGCUAGUCUGUAUAUUCGUCCUACAUUCAUCGGAACUGAGCCGUCUCUUGGAGUCAAGAAACCUACCAAAGCCCUGCUCUUUGUAAUCUUGAGCCCAGUGGGACCUUAUUUUUCAAGUGGAAUCUUUAAUCCGGUGUCCCUGUGGGCCAAUCCCAAGUAUGUAAGAGCCUGGGAAGGUGGAACUGGGGACUGCAAGAUGGGAGGGAAUUACGGCUCCUCUAUUUUUGCCCAGUGUGAAGCAGUGGAUAAUGGGUGUCAGCAGGUCCUGUGGCUCUAUGGAGAGGACAAUCAGAUCACUGAAGUGGGAACUAUGAAUCUUUUUCUUUACUGGAUAAAUGAAAAUGGAGAAGAAGAACUGGCAACUCCUCCGCUAGAUGGCAUCAUUCUUCCAGGAGUGACAAGGCAGUGCAUUCUGGACCUGGCACAUCAGUGGGGUGAGUUUAAGGUGUCAGAGAGAUAUCUCACCAUGGAUGCCUUGACAGCUGCCCUGGAGGGGAACAGAGUGAAGGAGAUGUUUGGCUCUGGUACAGCCUGUGUGGUUUGCCCAGUUUCUGACAUACUGUACAAAGGCGAGACAAUACACAUUCCAACUAUGGAGAACGGUCCUAAGCUGGCAAGCCGUAUCUUGAGCAAAUUAACUGAUAUCCAGUAUGGACGAGAAGAGAGCAACUGGACAAUUGUACUAUCUUGAACUGAAAAUAGAAGAUACCAACUGUAUGCUAUUGGGACAGAUUGUUGCAUUUGAAUUGUGAUAGAUUUCUUUGGCUACUUGUUAGUAGUUGUCAUAAUGUAGUUUGUAGUAUCAGUGUGUUACAAGAGUGAUUUGUUUCUUUAUGCCAGAGAACAUGAAUUGCAAUCAUCAAAUGGUGUUUUGUAAGUUAGUAGUAGUAGCUUACCUUACCUUAACCCUACCUAGAAAAAUAUUAAUGUAAGCCAUAUAACUUGGGGUUUUCCUCAGUGAUUUUAGUGCCUCCCUUUGUACUUCACUGAGAUACUAAAAUGGUUUUCUCUUUAAUAUAAGUUAUAUUCUGCUCCUCAACCAAAUGCAGUUUUUUGUGUGUUUGAAAGCUAAUUUGAGUAAAUUUCAUAGGUUACAUUUCCUGCCGCCUAUCUUUAUCUUCACAAAGCAUUUUCCUUUUUUAAAAUCAAGGCUUUUAAAACUGCAUUUCCUCCUAUCACAGUUUUCUGCACACCCUCCAAGUCCAUCUUAAGGUAAAUAUCUCUCUUCUUCCUGAUGUCACAAUCUGAGCAUACCCUGUGCAUUAGGAAGACCUGAGUGCAUUUCCCACCAUUGUCCUUUUCAUAUGAUAUUGUAGCUGGCUGGCUGUCAGACGACUACAAGACUGAGGGUCUUGUGCCUUAUAGAUCUUUGUAUCCCCAAUGGCUGACACAUAGUAGGUACUGAGUAAAUGGUUUACAUAAUGAAUGAAUGGACAUUUUGCUUCUAUAGAAGUGUACCUUCUUUGUUUCUAUAUUAUGAAACCUCUUUGUUAGAAUUUGUGAUUGAUUCUGACAUUGUAUAGAUUUACCUUAUAUGGUCUUUAUUUUCCAUGAGCUACUAUGUCAUUAGAGAUACUCCAAAGCAUAGUUUGGGGAAUCAUUUCAUACUGACUGUGUUGGAAUUGUCUUGAAAUUGAAGAUAUAUAUCUAGAGCAGGGGAUCCCCAACCCCCAGGCCACAGGCCACAGAGCAGGAGGAGGUGAGGGGUGGGCCAUCGAGAAGCUUCAUCAGUGUUAACAGCUACUUCCCAUGACUCACAUUACCACCCGAGCUCCACCUCUUGUCAGGUCAGUGGCAGCAUUAGAUUCUCACAGGAGCGUAACCUAUUGUGAACUGUGCAUACAAGGGAUCUAGGCUAUGUGCUUCUUAUGAGAAUCUAAUGCCUGAUGAUCUGAGGGGGAACAGUUUCAUCCUGAAACCUCUUCCACCCCACAGUCCGUGGAAAAAUUAUCUUCAACAAAACUGGUCCCUGGUGCCAAAAAGGUUGGGGACCACUGCUCUCGAGAGAGGUCAUGAUAUCAUCCCAAUCAAAUGGAAAUGACAAAUGUUUAUGUUAAAUGUUAGUUGCAGAAAUAAAUCUUUUUUGGGGGGGGUUGAAAACAAAGAGGUAUACUCUGAUUUUUAUACUCUGCUUUUGCAGGUGCUCUUUUCUUUAAAUGGAGAUUUGAUGAGCAAGUGGUUAGGAUACAGGGAGAGCUAUUAUAAGUGGUAUUUUCCUUGUCUAGGAGCUGUGAGUUAAAAUUACAUCCUUUCUUGUUUAUCUAGGGGAAAGUCAAAUCUUGACAGAAAACAUUUUUCCUUGGAAAGUCAACUCUCAGACAUUGUAUUUUGGUUUUCCUCAGUCCUCAUAACUUUCUUCUUGCUGAACAUAUUUUAUUCUCUUUUCAGAAAAGGAAAAAGAAACAUUCUAAAAGUUUGAUGCAUUGGAAAAAUUUCCUUGAGGCAUUUAGUAAUGCAUAGCAAAUGGGCUUUGAUUCUUUUCCAAAACUUUUAGCCAUAGGGUCUUUUACAGACAGGAAUAGUAAAAUGAAAAUUGAGAAAUAUAAGAUGAAAAGGAAUGGUAAAAAUCUCUUUGAGGGGGCUUUUAAUUGGUGAUCUGAAGUCUUGGGAGAGGCUGUUCUUUUCAGGCCUGAGGUGCCCUUGACUGUCCCCUACACGCCGUAUAUCCUAAGCAGCAUUCUAAGGGCGUGCUUUUGCCUUGGUGAACUCCCUUGACCUCAUUCUUAAUAUAGUAGUCUGGGAAAGACUUGCAGGUAAUUUCAGCUGUCAAGUGGUACAUAGUAACUAGAUUCUGAUUCCUAUGAGAAAUGAGAAUUAUUUAUUUGCCAUGAAUACAUUUUAUACUUUGCAUCUCCAGAUUUUUUAUGGCAGGACAUGCCCAUUGUGAAGCUAGAGAGCAUUACGUUUGUAUCAUUUCUUUCAUAAAACCUUAAAAGCAUUUUUAAGCCGUUUCCUUCAGACCCAGUGAAAACUACAGAUAGAUGUUUUUAAAAACUGGAGGUCUCCUGAUACGGAGAACACAAUCCACCAUUGUCAUUCAAGUAAUAAGACAGGAAAUUGACCUUGACGCUGUCUUGUUAAAUAGAUUUAACAGGAACAUCUGCACAUCUUUUUUCCUUGUGCACUAUUUGUUUAAUUGCAGUGGAUUAAUACAGCAAGAGUGCCACAUUAUAACUAGGCAAUUAUCCAUUCUUCAAGACUUAGUUAUUGUCACACUAAUUGAUCAUUUAAGGCAUAAGAUAGUCUAGCAUUAGGAACAUGUGAAGCUAAUCUGCUCAAAAAGAUCAACAAAUUAAUAUUGUUGCUAUUUGCAUAAUUGGCUGCAAUUAUUUAAUGUUUAAUUGGGUUGAUCAAAUGAGAUUCAGCAAUUCACAUGUGCAUUAAUGUAAACAGAACUGGUGGCACUUAAAAUGAUAAUGAUUAACUUAUUUUGCAUGUUCUCUUCCUUUCACUUUUUUUUCAUUUUCAGACUGAGCUUGUCAGCUUUUUCGAAAACCCUUCAGUAGAAACCAGGAUUUAAAAUGAAGUAUCAAGACAAAGGCAAAACCUGAGCAGUUCCUAAAAAGAUUUGCUGUUAGAAAUUUUCUUUGUGGCAGUCAUUUAUUAAGGAUUCAACUCAUGAUACACCAAAAGAAGAGUUGACUUCAGAGACAUGUUCCAUGCUAUCUAGUACAGGAACGAAUAAAUUUAUAACACCUGCUUUAGCCUUUAUUUUCAAAAGUGCAAAGGAAAAGAGAAAGAGAAAUAAGUGACUGAGAAGUCUUGUUAGGGAAUCAUGUUUUUUUCCUACCUAGUAAACAUCCUUUAUUCUUUUCUUAAAAGAUUGCUAUAAGAAAAAAAAGACCAGAGGCAGAAGCAGGCAGCAGCAAGAAGCAGAGCAUAACAUCAGCUAGAUGGUGGCAUGCAAUGUCACCUCUCUUGAAGACAGGAAACCUAUGUUAUAUGCCCUGGGUUAAAAUUCUUCACCAUAUUAGUUUUCCCGCUUCAGAAAAUUGUACCUAAGCAAGUGGUCUUGCUUGCCUCAAAUCCAAGCACUCUUGAACAUUUGAAGGCAAUUAAUGAGUGUAUCAUAGUCAAAAGAAUUGUAGGAGAUUUUAUUAAAGCUGCAGUUUCAGUUCUGCUUUUGGGGAAUUGUGCUGUGAAAGCAGCUGCCUAAAUAAGCUCAUUUAUUUUCUCCAGCCCCACUCAGUGCUCAGUCACUAUAUUCUGUUUCCUCUUUUUUCAAGUUGCAUGUUUGGUUUCCCCUUAUGAUUGGGAAAGAUGAAUUUUCAGCAGAAAACAGCAUUUGUUCACUUUCAAAGAGUGAUAGUUUCUAAAACAUUUAGAGCGAUAAGUAUUCAUCAGAGGUACCAAGUGAGGCGGAAGACUUAGGGGUUAGAAACCCCUUAUUUCAUGUCUUAAUUCUAGAAUGAUCAAAGUAUUUUUCUUGUAAUGUGGAUUUCUUCUUAUGCGACUAUGCAAAAACUUCAGUUAUAAUGCUAGCAGGUAAUUUUAGUGGAUGUUUUAUAACAACUGUCACUUUGUUUUGCCACACAUAGAGUCUGUUCAGCUGUCUGUUUUCCAGAUACCUCCUCACGAAAGUAGGCAAAGGGUACCAGCUUUUCAAUAAGCAUUGUCUGUUACUUGACAAAGAUCAUGUAGACUCUAUUAAUAGUUAAUUUGAUAAAUGUUGGCUCAACCAACAAUAGAGAUUAGGAAGUUAGUUUUAAGAAAUAAAUGGCAUAUAGACAUUAUCCUCAUGGAGUUUAUGUUCUGCUACUUGAACUGAUUGUAGCUAUAAAAGCAAUAGAUAGCUGAAUAGCUUGUAAGAGAAGAAUGCCAGAGCACAUCUCUUAUCAAGAAAUCAAUGAAUAGUUUAUCUCAUUUUACUUUUAAGGCAACUUUAUCCUUCUUUAAUUCCUUCCUUUCCUCUAGUACAAAACUACUUAACAAGGACGGUGUUUAGAUUAGUGCUCACCCCACUCCUGAUACGGUGUGAAUUACCUCCUCUUUCUUUACUGUUUACUACCACCCUAGUACAUGUGUUGACUGCAUUUUUCUGAAACAACGUUGAGUUAUGUUUGUCCAUCUAAUAAAUUAACACCACAGAUUACAGCAUUCUUGAUGAUUUUCUUAAACUCAAAGCCAGAUUAUAUGGAAAUAAAGAAAAUGAUCCUGGAGUGAAUUUUUCUAGAAAAUAUCUAUUAUGAACCAUGCUGUUUAAAGUAUUAGCUUGAAGGUGAUGGAUCUGGCUACUUAGAAAAUAACUUUAAUGUAACCAUGAUUUUGCACAGUAUGAGGUUUUAAAUGUAUUGAAAGAGAUAAAUUUUUAUUAUUAACAAAAAGCCCUUUUAAAUAUUCAAAGGUGGAAGAAAGUGAUAUUUUUCCUCUUCAGCAUGCAUACCAUGACAAAAAGACUUCUCAGAUGUUUAAUUUGGAGAGGUUGAUAAUGAAACAUAUCACAGAGUAUAGUCGUUAUAGUAGUGUUUGUGCAUAAAGAAUUCCCUGAGGUCAGACAUAUAUAAACAUAUUUGCUUUAGUAAAUGAUAAAGGCAUGAAAUCGGUCUUAAAAAUUGAAAGGGGAGGGAUGGGGGAGAAAAAGAAGAACAAAAAUUGAGGUGCUCUUUAAAAUCUGCUGGAUACAAGUAUUGAAGUUUUAAGUUAUCUUAUUCUGUCUUAAAGUGUACUUUUCAUUCUACAGUAGACUCAUUUAGCAAGGCCUAUAACUUUAGUUGCGUAAUGUUCAGUUUAUGUAAUCUACUGUUGGGAUGGUAAGAAUUGAUGUAGCCUGUGGUAUUGAAUGAAUUAAAAUAUAGUUUCACUGGCUUUUCUCUACAUAUCCACCAUCAGAAUGGCUAGGUUUGCUGUUGCUCACUCUCGUAUUAUGGAGAAAAGUUUAAUGAAAGAUUAUAUCAGAGGAAGAGCAAGUGGAGGUGAGAAGAAAGGAAUCAUAGAGAGGGAAAAAAAACAAAACAUAUUUCUGUGUUAUUCACAGGAGAUUUUCCUUAUUCUUUCAAGCACUGAGAUCGUCAACUUUCAAUAUAGUUGCUAAAUACAAAUAAUGCUGCUAGGUAGUGACCAAAUACAGUGAACACUUUAUCAGAUAUUAGAAUUAGGCCACACUAUUGAGGUUAUAGUCUGACGGUUGUGCUACAUAGAAACCACUUUAGAUUACUAUCAAUUUGGACUAGACUUUAUUUUAUAACUGCAGUCAGUAAUAUCUAUUGUGCCAUUUCUUCAACCAUUUUAUUCUAAGAUCCAUGAAGCGUCUUGAGACCAAAUAAAAGAAUAAGUGACAAGGAGCAGACUGUGACUUUUUUUUUCUUAGCGAUACUGUUUGCCGCUAUCCCCCUAUCCUGAUAGGUGGAAGGUAUACUGAAUUGAAAAUUGGUUGAAUAUUGGUUUUUAACUAAAAUGUGCAACAAUACAUUGCAAUUUCCUUCAACUCAUUUCCUGUGAUCAUUAAAGUCAUUCUCAGGGUUGAGAAAGGAAUGUAAAUAUCUGUCUCAAUUUGUACUUCACUGAUAAGUUUUUGAAGAGUACAGAUUUGAGUCAUGUCUUAAAAAUAAGCUCACAAAUCUGGGUGCAUUGCUAAGUUCUGCAGAUGUUUCCUGGGGUGACUUGAUAACAAUGAAUGAUUCCACAAUAUACCUAGCUACCUAAUACAUGGAGCUGGAGCGCAACCCACUGUUUUUAAGAAUCUGCGCUUACUUGUGGCCGAGGAAAAAUAAGUAGUUUGAAUUUUGAAAUUAGAGCUUGUAGAUAGAAACAGAAUAUCAACUUAAUUAUGAAAUUGUUAGAACCUGUUCUCUUGUAUCUGAAACUGAUUGCAAUUACUAUUGUAAUGAUAAACCCCAGCCAUUGCAAGUCUGAAAUAUCUUAGCUGUGUGGUGAUUCUUGAAAUUCUUUUUAAGAACAAUUGAAUAGAAAGAAAUAAACACUUUCUAAAUGAGGCUUGGCUUUUACGAACGACCAUUUACAGGCUAUGUUAAAAGAAUUUUAGUCGCUUAAAAUGUAAUAAUGGAAAUGUGGAAAAUAUUGUAGGUAUAGGGAACUACCUCAUUCUCUGAAGGUUUUGUGGAAGCACAAUUAAACAUUCUAAAAUGGCUUUGUUACACCAGAGCCAUCUGGUAUGAAAAUCUCUAUAUUUGUAUGUUGAAAGGGCAUGGGAUAAUUGUAUUUUGCUGGCAAUAGAUACAUUCUUUAUUAUUUGCAGGUUCCUCAUCAAAUCUGUAAUUAUGCACAGUUUCUGUUAUCAAUAAAACAAAAGAAAGCUGUU